CGCAGAGCCCACACAGGGCUUGAUCCCACGACCCCAAAAUCAUGACCUGAGCCAAAAUCAAGAGUCUGAUGCUUAACCAACUGGGCCACCCAGACGCCCCAAUUGAGUAAACUAUUAAAGAAUGUACCUAAGAAAGAAAAAAAUUCAAUCUAGACGGAAAGAGUGGAAUAAAAAAAAAAAGCAAUAGUCAACAAAGAUUUAAUAAAUACAUGAAUAAAUUUAUAAAAUUAUUGCCUUUACUUUAAAAAGGCAAAAAAUGCAAAUUUAAAAACAAGGUCACGGAAAUAAAAUUCUAGAACCCAGAAUACAGAAGAUGAUAAGAGAGGCUGGCAAUCAGAAGUAAAUGUUCUGCUCAGUACAGCUCCGGCCGCCACGCCGCCUGGCUCUCGUAUUGCUUGUUCUCGGCGGGCUCUGGGGGCUCCUCGCUGCGGCCGUUAGUCAUGUCAGAUUCUGGAGCUUACGGUCAGUCUGGGGGUGAGCAGCAAACUUAUUCUUCCUAUGGAAAUCAAGGCAGCCAAGGUUAUGGACAAGCACCACAAAGGUAUCCUGGCUAUGGACAAACUACUGAUUCCUCAUAUGGACAGAACUAUGGCGGCUACUCCAGCUAUGGACAAAGCCAAUCAGGUUAUUCACAAUCCUACAGUGAUUAUGAGAAUCAAAAGCAGAGCUCAUACAGCCAGCAGCCUUACAGUAACCAGGGACAGCAAAACACGGAAUCAUCAGGAGGCCAAGGUGGAAGAGCGCCUUCAUAUGACCAGUCAGACUAUGGUCAACAAGAUUCAUAUGACCAAUAGUCAGGCUAUGAUCAACAUCAAGGUUCAUAUGAUGAGCAGUCAAAUUAUGGCCAGCAGCAUGAUUCCUAUAAUCAAAAUCAACAGUCCUACCAUUCACAAAGGGAGAAUUACAGCCACCACACACAAGAUGACCGUCGUGAUGUGAGUAGGUAUGGAGAAGAUAACAGAGGAUAUGGCAGGUCACAGGGAGGAGGUAGAGGGCGUGGGGGAUAUGACAAGGAUGGAAGAGGUCCUAUGACAGGAUCAAGUGGUGGUGACUGUGGUGGCUUCAAAAAUUUUGGUGGUCACAGGGAUUAUGGACCCAGACCAGAUGCUGAUUCAGAAUCUGAUAAUUCAGAUAACAACACAAUCUUUGUGCAAGGACUUGGGGACAGUGUGUCUAUAGAUCAAGUGGGGGAGUUCUUUAAACAAAUAGGAAUUAUCAAGACAAAUAAGAAGAUGGGAAAACCAAUGAUAAAUCUGUAUACAGACAAGGACACAGGGAAGCCAAAAGGAGAGGUAACAGUGUCAUUUGAUGACCCUCCUUCAGCUAAGGCAGCCAUUGACUGGUUUGAUGGAAAAGAAUUCCAUGGCAAAUCCUUUGCUACCAGAAGACCUGAAUUCAUGAGAGGGGGUGGAAGUGGAGGUGGGCGACCAGGCCCUGGAGGAUAUAGAGGUCGUGGAGGCUUUCAGGGAGGUGGAGACCCCAAAAGUGGGGACUGGGUUUGCCCUAACCCGUCAUGUGGAAAUAUGAACUUUGCUCGAAGGAAUUCCUGCAACCAGUGUAAUGAGCCCAGACCAGAGGACUCUCGUCCCUCAGGAGGAGACUUCCGGGGAAGAUGCUACAGUGGAGAGAGGGGUUACAGAGGUCGUGGGGGCAGAGGUGGAGACCAAGGUGGCUACGGAGGAGACAGAAGUGGCGGCGGCGGCUACAGAGGAGAUAGAAGUGGGGGUGGCUAUGGUGGGGACCGAGCAGGCGGUUACGGUGGGGACCGAGGAGGCGGUUAUGGAGGAGACCGAGGCGGAGGCUACGGUGGAGACCGAGGAGGAGGCUACGGUGGAGACCGAGGAGGAGGCUACGGUGGAGACCGAGGAGGAGGCUACGGUGGAGACCGAGGAGGAGGCUACGGUGGAGACCGAGGAGGAGGCUACGGUGGAGACCGAGGAGGAGGCUACGGUGGAGACCGAGGAGGAGGCUAUGGUGGAGACCGAGGAGGAGGCUAUGGUGGGGACCGAGCAGGAGGAGGCUACGGUGGAGACCGAGGAGGAGGCUACGGUGGAGACCGAGGAGGAGGCUACGGUGGAGACCGAGGAGGAGGCUAUGGUGGGGACCGAGCAGGUGGCGGCUAUGGAGGUGACAGGAGUGGGGGCGGCUACGGUGGAGACCGAGGCGGCUACGGAGGCAGAAUGGGAGGAAGAAACCACUACAGAAAUAAUCAGCGCAACCGACCAUACUGA